GGGGGAACUAGUAGCAGAGAAGUCAGAGAAGAUACAACAAACAUAUUCACAAACGCUCUUGCAGUCGUGUGACCCUGACUUAUUGUUGCACCUGUUAUUUCAUCAUUGACAACAUGGGUGUGUCAAACAGCAGAGUUGUCAUUCUGGGGAAAACUGGAGCUGGGAAAAGCAGCCUAGCUAACACCAUACUUGGAAAGAAACUGUUCAAAGUUGACCACAGUCUCAACUCUGAAACAAGGAAAUGUCAAGCAGAAACCAGAUCUGUCAAUGGAAGAAACAUCACUUUGGUCGACACUCCUGGUUUCUUCGACACAGAGAGAUCUGAAGAGGAGCUGAAGCCUGAGAUAGUGAGGUGUAUCAUAGAGUGCGCUCCUGGGCCUCAUGCUUUUCUCAUUGUGCUUAAAGUGGAGAAAUUCACAAGGCAGGAGCAGGCUGUCAUCAACAAAAUACACCAAUACUUCUCUGAAGAAGUCUUCAAAUAUGCCACAGUUGUCUUCACUCAUGGUGACCAGCUCAAGGGACAGACAAUUGAGGAAACUGUCCGUAGGAAUAAAUCAUUGAGUGAUCUGGUGAAGAAGUGCGGAGGCCGCUGCCAUGUCAUUGACAAUGAAUACUGGACAGACAACCAACAGGAUGAAUACAGGAGCAACAAGUACCAGGUGGAGAAAAUACAAAACACAAUAGUUGAGAUAACAAAAGCAAACAAAGGAAGGUGUUACACCAAUGAGAUGCUCCAAGUAGCACAGGAAAUAAUUGAACAAAAGAAGAUGCACAUUAGAGAGUCAUCAGAAAACAUGUCAGAAGAAGAGAUCACACAGCAGGCUAAAGACAGGGCAUAUAAGGAGAUCUGGAUCAGACUGGCAGGUGUUGGAACAGGUGUAUUGUUAGGAGCUUUGUUUGGUGUAGUAGCGAUGGUUGGAGUAGCUGUCUUCACUUUAAAGAAACUAGUGCCUGCGGCCAAAACAGUCACAGCAGGAGCAGCAGCAGGAGCAGCUGGUGCAGGAGGAACAACAGCAGCAGGAGCAGCAGCCACAGGAGCAGCAGCAGGAGCAAUUGGUGCAGGAGGAACAACAGCAGCAGGAGCAGCAGCAGCAGGAGCAGCAGCUGCGGGAGGAACAGCAGCAGGAGCAGCAGCAGCAGCAGGAGGAGCAGCAGCAGCAGGAGGAGCAGCAGCAGGAGUAGCAGGUGCAGCAGCAGCAGGAGGAGCAGCAGCAGCAGGAGUAGCAGGUGCAGCAGCAGGAGGAGGAGGAGCAGCAGCAGGAGCAACAGCAGGAGGAGUAGCAGUAGCAGGUGGAGUAGGAGUAACUGGAACAACAUUAAUCGCAGCUGCAGGGGUAUCUGCUGCAGUAGGAGCAGUAGUGGGAGGUUAUGCAGGAUAUCAUGCAGCUGAGGGAGCAGACACGCCAUGGGAAGCAGCAAAGAUGGCAGCAGCUGCUGUCACGGAGGGAGCCCAGUCUAUCAUAGAUGGAGUGAGCGAUUGUUUGAUUGUUUCAAGCAAACCAACAUAUUCAAAGUUAAAAGAGAACAGGAGAGUUGUCAUUCUGGGAAAAACUGGAGUUGGGAAAAGCAGCCUGGCUAACACCAUAUUUGGAGAGAAACAGUUUAACGUCGAUGAUACUUCCAACUCUGGAACGAGAGACUGUCGAGCAGAAACCAGAUCUGUCAGUGGGAGACUCACCACUUUGAUCGACACUCCUGGUUUCUUCGACACAGAUAGACCAGAGGAGGAGCUGAAGCGUGAGAUAGUGGGGUGCAUCACAGAGUGCACUCCUGGGCUUCAUGCUUUUCUCAUUGUGCUUAAAGUGGAGAAAUUCACAAAGCAGGAGCAGGCUGUCAUCAACAAAAUCAAUGAAUACUUCUCUGAAGAAGUCUUCAAAUAUGCAACAGUUCUCUUUACUCAUGGAGACCAGCUCAAGGAAGGACAGACAAUUGAGGAAUUUGUCUGUCAGAAUAAGGCAUUGAGUGAUCUGGUGAAGAAGUGCGGAGACCGCUGCCACGUCAUUGAUAAUAAAUACUGGAACAACCAACAGGAUGAAUACAGGAGCAACCAGUUCCAGGUGAAGAAGCUACUUGACACACUAGACAAGAUAACUGAGGCAAACAAAGGAGGCUGCUACACCAAUGAUAUCUUACAAGCAGUGGAGAAAGAAAUACAGAAAGAGAAGGAGCUCAUUAGACAGUCAUCAGGAAACAUGUCAGAGGAAGAGAUCACAAAGCAGGCGAAAGACAGCGUAUGGAAGAAGCUUUGGAUCAAACUGGCAGUGUCAGACAGGAGAAUUGUCAUUCUGGGGAAAACUGGAGUUGGGAAAAGCAGCCUGGCUAACACCAUACAUGGAGAGGAACCAUUUAAGGUUGAUGAUACUUCCAACUCUGGAACAAGAGAAUGUCAAGCAGAAACCAGAUCUGUCAAUGGAAGAAGCAUCACUUUGAUCGACACUCCUGGUUUUUUUGACACAGAGAAAUCUGAGGAGGAGCUGAAGCGUGAGAUAGUGAGGUGUAUCACAGAGUGCACUCCUGGGCCUCAUGCUUUUCUCAUUGUACUUAAAGUGGAGAAAUUCACAGAGCAGGAGCAGGCUGUCAUCAACAAAAUACACCAAUACUUCUCUGAAGAAGUCUUCAAAUAUGCCACAGUUGUCUUCACUCAUGGUGAGCAGCUCAAGGGACGGAAAAUUGAGGAAUUUGUCCGUCAGAAUAAGUCAUUGAGUGAUCUGGUGGAGAAGUGCGGAGGCCGCUGCCAUGUCACUGAUAAUGAAUACUGGAAGAACAGCCAACAGGAUGAAUACAGGAGCAACCAGUUCCAGGUGAAGGAGCUGCUCAAGACAAUAGAUGAAUUAACUGAAGGAAAUAAUGGAGGCUGCUACACCAAUGAGAUGCUCCAAGUAGUACAGGAAAUAAUUGAACAAAAGAAGACGCACAUUAGAGAGUCAUCAGGAAACAUGUCAGAGGAAGAGAUCACACGGCAGGCUAAAGACAGAGCAUUUAAGGAGAUCUGGAUCAGACUGGCAGGUGUUGGAACAGGUGUAUUAUUAGGAGCUUUGUUUGGUGUAGUAGUGAUGGUUGGAGCUGUUGUCUACGCUUUAAAAAAAAUAGUGCCUGUGGCCAAAACAGUCUUAGCUGGUGCAGUAGGAACAACAGCAGGAGCAACAGGAGGAGCAGCAGGAGCAGGAGGAGUAGGAGUAACUGGAACAACAUUAAUCGUAGCUGCAGUGGUAUCUGCUGCAGUGGUAUCUGCUGCAGUGGUAUCUGCUGCAGUGGGAGCAGCACUGGGAGGUUAUAAAGGAUAUCAUGCAGCUGAGGGAGCAGACACGCCAUGGGAAGCAGCAAAGAUGGCAGCAGCUGCUGUCAACGAGGGAGUCCAGUCUAUCAGAGAUGGAGUGAGAGAUUGUUUGAAUGUUUCAAACAAACCAACAUAUUCAAAGUUAAAAGAGAGUGAAGAGCUGUGACUCCUGAAGACAGGGAGGAGAAUAUAUCAUUAAAGUCAUGUCUCCCUGUAGAUCACAUGAAAAUCUCUUUAACCCAUCGUUAACCUUUGAGCUGAAGUAUGUUUACUUAUGUCACAGGUUUUAUCUUGUCUGAGCUUCAAGCACCUUUUCCUGUUUCACAAGGUAUUUUCAUGCCUCCACGAUAGGUGGCCAGAGGCAUUAUGUUUUCAGGUUGUCUGUCCUUCCAUCCAUCCUUCUGUCUGUCCCUCCCAUUCUUGCUAACGUGGUAUCUCAAAAGAAUGCCAAAUUUGGCACCAGUGUCCACUUGGACACAACCAUGACCUGAUUAAAUGUUUGUGGUCAUUGGUCAAAGGCCAAGGUCAGUGUAACCUUGCAUCGGCCUCAAUCUCAUGAGUACGACUCCUCUCAAACGCCUGGAUGGAAUUUUUUGAAUUCGGCAAAAUAUGCUCUUAGACUGAGGAAUAUGGUGGUUGAAGGUCAAAGGUCAAGGUC